GUUUCAUUCUCAUACAGCAGUUCAUUGACCUGUUUUAUGUGUAUAUAAAGACGAGAACUGAGCGAGACGUGUCAGACUGCAUCUUGCUGUCUAAAGAGGUGAUAUUUCACAAUGAGGCGUGCUGCAGCUUUUCUGGCGUUGCUGCUCUGUCUGUACUGGACGAGGGCUCAGGGUGAGAGUGGAGGGGUGACAGAGAAUGAUGUCACUCAGACUGAGGUUCAGUCUGAGAUCCUGGGUGUCAAAGCAACCAGUGAUCAGACUAACAUCACUCCUGAUAUCUGGGCUGAGCUGAAGGAGCUGAGAGACAUGGUGAUCCAACACAGUCUGGAACUGAGGAAGCUGGAGCAAGAGAAUACAGCCAUACAGGCCAGACUGACAGACAGUGAAAUCAAGAAUGCAGUUUUGGAGGCCAGAAUGACCGCCAGUGACAACAAAGUGGAGGAGCUCGAGAGAGAGAACACAGUGUUGGAGGCCAGAAUGAACACCAGUGAAAAUUUGGUGGAGGAGCUCCAGAGAGAGAACUUGAAGGCCAGAUUGAACACUGGUGAAAAUUUGGUGGAGGAGCUCCAGAGGGAGAACACCAGUAAGCUGCAAAACACACAGCUGUCAGUUUAUUAGAUACACAUACUGGUAUUUUAAGUUCCAGUUAUGUAUUUUACCUCCUUUACAAUAAAAAUGAUGAAUGUGUUCACAGUGUUGGAGGCCAGAAUGAGCUCCAAUGAAAACGAGGUGGAGGAGCUCAAGAGAGAGAAUGCAGAACGACCAAAGGUGGCGUUUUCUGUCGGACUUACUGGACCAGUUGGACCCGUCAGUAAUGACAUCACACUUAAGUUCAGUAACAUUUUCACCAACAUCGGCCAGGCUUAUAACCCAUCUACAGGUGUCUUUACAGCCCCAGUCAGAGGAGCCUAUUACUUCAGAUUCAGCGCAUGGGAACUACGUGAUACAAGUUUAGUAGGAAUUAAACUGUAUCACAAUGACAAGUUAAUGACUCUCUCUUAUGAAAGAGUUGUUAGCCAUGGUUAUGUCACCAUGUCUAAUGCAUUUGUUCUUCAACUGGAAAAGGGAGAUGUGAUCUAUCUGGUUCUCUGGUCAGGCUGCAGUGUUUAUGAUAAUUCCAAUAAUCAUAACACUUUUAGUGGAUUCCUACUUUUUGCUAUGUGA